UUUGGUGUCAGUGCAGUUCUCAUGCGCUCAGGAGUUAGAGACGCAGCACCAGACGAAAAACAAAAAAUUUACAUCCGAAGACUACCACCGCUCUUCAGUUAUUGUCUUGAGUGCUAAUGAGGUUUUUAACGCAGCAUCCAAACUUGGUAAUGAAAUAGUGCCGUUUUGUGACACUGAUUUUGCGCAACUGUUUCCCUCGAUCUGGUGCCAGAUUUUCUGGGGAAUAAAAUAUGAUUCUCGACGUGCUCUGUUCCUGUGAAAUGAUUUGGAUUGCGUCUUGCAUUUUUGGAGGAAUUCAGCACUGAACGCAGUACGACGUUUUCUGGACAACUUUGGUGCCAGUGGACACGGGCAGUCGCGAAAGUCUUUUACUGCCUCGAGAUUGUUGGCUCUAAGCAGGAUGGACCUCAUCGGGCUCUACUUGUUCCAGCUGGCAGUUUUUGGGGUGCUGCGGCUGGUGUCCGGGGGCCGGUGGGACUGUCUGACUGCGGGGGACUCGUGCUCCAGUGAUGAGGCGUGUAGUCCGCGAUUGAGAACACUGAGGCAGUGUGUUGCAGGAGGUGGAAGCGUGAAGCUGGGUCCGGGGGCGCGCAACCACUGCGAGAACGCCGUGACGGCCCUGCUGUCUAGUCCUCUGCACAAAUGCCAGUGCAAACGGGGCAUGAAGAGAGAGAAGAACUGUCUCAGCAUCUACUGGAGCCUCAAGCAGUCCGUGCUGCACGGGCUGAGCUUGGUGGAGAAUUACCCCUAUGAGCCUGUCGAGCGGGGCUUUGAUUAUGUUCGCCUGGCCUCCAUCGCUGCAGAGUCUGAGGUGGGCAUGACAACAGUGAACCGUUGUUUGGAUGCUGCUAAGGCCUGUAAUGUGGAUGAGACGUGUCAGAAACUACGCACAGAGUACGUGUCGGCGUGCAUCGCCCCAUCGGCGCGAGCCGGGCCCUGCAACCGAGCGCGCUGCAGCAAAGCACUCAGAAAGUUCUUCGACCGUGUGCCGCCAGACUACACACACGAGCUGCUCUUCUGUCCAUGCUCUGACACAGCUUGUGCAGAGCGACGACGCCAGACCAUUGUGCCUGUGUGCUCAUAUGAAGAAAGGGAAAAACCCAAUUGCCUGACACAACUUAGAGUUUGUGAGGCCGACUAUGUGUGCAAGUCUCGCUUGGCUCAGUUCGAGCAUGACUGCCAACCCUCCGAGCUUACUGCCAGUGGCUGCCAGCAAGAAAAUUACGGAGCCUGCCUUGUUGCAUACACCGGCCUGAUAGGUAGUAUUAUCACUCCGAACUACCUAGAUAACGCUACAUCAAAUGUGGGACCGUGGUGCUCUUGUGUGGCUAGCGGGAAUUUCCGAGAUCAGUGCAACCACUUCCUCAGCCAUUUCCAUGACAACAAUUGCUUGAAGAAUGCCAUCCUGGCUUUCGGGAACGACACGGACCUGAAAUCUGCGACUAACCAAGCUCCGGGCUCCAACACAAACAUUUACAACCAGAUCUUAGUUACCAGCACCGAGACCACCACUACCACCAUUGGUUCUGGGAUGGAGACUGAGCAGAACAUCCUUCGUCCACAGAUGCCCACACAGAUGAACGAGAGAGACAGACUGUGGGGUGACUCCACGCUUCCGUCCCCUGAUCUCUAUGACACCGGUCCUGCAGUGUCCCACCCGGCCAUGGUAAUGUGGCUCCUCCCCUUCCUGCUCCUGGCUCUCUAACUUUAAAACCAGCUGAUCAAUCAAAGCACCACAGAACUGGGACAGCGUGCGUGUAUUCAUGAGUUUCGACUUCCGCAUCACAAUAACUUGUUCGACGAGGACGCAAAAAACUACCAAACUCUCUAAAUAUAUGAAACCCUGCUCCAUUCCUUAAUGCCACAUAGUGAUUCAUUGUCAUGUUCACAAUGACUGAUUUCAAGGGUUUAAAUAAUUGUGUGUCUCUUUCGCUCUUAAUUUGAACUGAAGUUGGUGCUGUAUAAGAUAAAACCCCUUCUCUUCAAAGCGAGCGACUACCUUUCAGUCGACAGGUGGCUGAGUCAUGCCAAAAAAAAAAAAAAAAAAAAAAAAAAUCCUAACAAUUUCCUACCUGUUCAUCAUCCAUAAUUUAAUAUCUAUUUUUCCCCAGCUCUCUCAAAUGUACGGUAUUGGUACGUGUGCUGUAUAUUCACCUGGAUAGAAGUGUUUUGUGAUGUUUGCUUGAAGAAGCACAAGAACAAGCAGUAAGAGAAAGGAAACUGAUGUAAUGCGCUAAAAGUGUCUGCGAUGAGAGCUCUUUCAGUGGGUUACAGAGACGGUCUUUAUUUUUGUAAUGUGCCUGUAUUGUUUAGACGUAGGCUGUUUAUCAUAGCAGUCUUGGAACGCACAGUUUGCUAAAAAUGCCACCGAUAUGAAGAGCAGAAGAGCUUAUAUAUCUUCAGUUCUUGUAUACUUCACCUGUGAAUAUGGGUUAUCUGAAAUACUGCAUCAAACUGCUUAUUGCAAAAGGAAAAAGAAGCACAAAACACCCUGUAAAAAAACAACCUUCCUCUUCAUGUGAAUUGAAGCAGCUUAAUCCCAUCUCCUUACUCACUGUUCGUCUCCGCCAAUCAAAACGAGCACAACGAGAGUCUGUUGAUUCUCUCCAGUGACUGACAGCAGUUUUCUGCAUCCCCAUCCUAUGAGCACUUGGCAUCUGCAGUUGUGUUGCUUUUUUAUUCUCAAGUGUCCUGUGAUGACAAAUAAGGUGAGUGAAAAGUAAAUGCAUUGACUUCUAACAAGCUUCAGAGACUAUUGACCUAUCAAUGACCUGCAUCACAAAACAGGGCAAAGCAUUUCUGUUCAGAUGGGUGGAAACUGUGGAUUUUACUUGUUAUUUCCUGAAAAAUAAACCUGCCAGAUACAGAUGUACAGAAUAAUGCUUGUGUGUCCAAAUAUGUACAUGAAGUAAGGGCAUGUUUGUUAUGCAUUGAUUUUAUUGGGAAAAAACCUGAGCAAUCAUUUUUUAAUAUGGUAAAAUAUGAUAACUGAAAAUAGUUAUAUGGAAAGUAGCUAUGAGAAGAUUCUUUAAUAUUUAUAUGUAUUUUUGUUUGCCCUACAGAAGAAAGUCAUACAUGUUUGAUUUGGAAUAAAUACUGAUCUUAUUCUUAAAAAUAGCUGAAAUCAUUACCAAAUUAGCUAAAGGUUGCAUUAAGUAUUAGAAGGGCUUUAUGAACGACUGAUGUUGUAAUUCUUCCAGUUCUGUGGAUGUAGAUCGUGUGCCGGCCUGCCGAUCAGCUCAAGCUGAGGGGGUAAUGAGUAACUGAGGGAGUCAAGUUGUCACCUAUGUGCAUUGUCUUGGUCAGCACUUACAUCUACACUGCCCUUCAGACUAACAACACCCAACAAAAUAAAAU